GUCGGCUGCGGAUCACGGGUUUCCCCCCAUGGUUCAACAGGAGACCAUGGAAAACCUUGGUGAAGGCUUUCCUGGCUUCGACCUCUACGAGAAGCGUUUGGAGGAGGAGAACGGCGUGCGCGUAGAUCUUGUGACACAAAGUUUUCUCGAGGCCAGCGAGCUUGGUGAUGCAGACUCCUUGCGUAGGAAGCUGAAUGGUCUCAACGUAGACCAACGCAGGGAAUUGGUGCAUGCUGUGGAUCAACAAGGUGCCAGCGGAUUGUUGUUGGCCGUGAAGGGAGGUAAGAAGGAGGUGGCCAAAGUGUUGCUGGACUUCGGUGCCAAUCCCAACGAUGCCGACAGUUCGGGCGCGACCGCAGGACAUUACGCCAGUAUGCGGGGUGAUCCAGGACUGCUGAAAUUGUUGCUGGACGCCCGCUGCGACGCGGGGCGUGUGGACGAUCGGCAAGAUGGGCUACUGGCCUGGGCCAAGGGCCCUGAGGUGGUUCAGCUCUUGCUGGAUGCUCAAGCCGACCCGGCGCAACGAGGUGUUGGGGGCCAAACAGCCUUGAUGUAUGCCUGUGAACGGGGGGAUUUCUCCGCCGCACGCGCAUUGGCCAUGGGCGGUGAACGCCAACUGCUGUCAGUCCUGAGCGACGCUGGAGAGUCGGCGUGGUCGUUGGCAAAGUCCAAUGGACACCAGGAAAUAGUGGAGAUGCUGAGCGAACUCGGGGUGGAGGCGCCAGCGAGCCAAAGUCGAUUGAUGCACCGAGAAGAGGUGCUCUGGGACGCAGCGAAAAUGGGGGAUGCACAAGCCAUCCGCCAGGUGACGGCCAGGUGCGAUGACACGCCUCUGGACGUCAAUGUGCAGGAGCCAGGAGGUGACACUCCACUGUUGCUGGCCUGUGGUGUCGGCUUUGGCGCUGCCGCUGCGGUGGAGGUUCUCCUGCAGGCCAGGGCGGAUCCCAAUUUGCCGGAUCCCUACAUGGGCGAAACCCCGUUACAUCGUGCCGUGCUGGGAGGAUCAAGUUUGAAAGUGCUCAUGUUGCUGUUGGAGGCCAGAGCCGACCCCACACUUAAAGACCUGACCCAGCGCAGCGCCGCAGACAUCGCCGAGAGCUGGUCGUAUUCUGAUGCCAAAGAGGUCUUGAUGGCUGCACAGGAAGGAAUGCUGUGAGGAAAAAAAAAGCCUCCCAAAAAUAGACCCUGCUCUUUUGUUU